CGGAUAGGCACAGUCACCCACCAUGAAGCUUCUGAUCACCUCACUUUUCAUCGUUAUUGCGGGGGCAGCACCCGACGGAUACGGUAGUGGAGGAGGAGUCUCUGGCGGUGGAGGAUUCUCCAGUGGUGGAAGUGGAGGCUUCUCUGGAGGAGGAGGAUUCUCCAGUGGUGGAAGUGGAGGCUUCUCUGGAGGAGGAGGAUUUUCCGGAGGAGGCGGUGGAUCUUUUGGAGGAGGAUUUUCCGGUAGCGGAGGAUUCUCUGGAGGUGGUGGAUUUUCCGGUGGAGGAGGUGGUGGUGGAGGAUCUGGAGGAUAUGGAGGAGGAGGAUGCAAUGCAGGAGAGGUUCUGCAUGUUGACGGCUCCUGUGUCGUUCCCAUAAUCUCACGCAACGUAUUUGUCUAUGACGCUCCCGAACAGCAAGAAGAAAGCGGUCCACCGCCAAGUAUUCCUCCACCAAGAAUCGACCACAACAUCCUAUUUGUCCGCGUUCCUGAGAAGGGAGCAGCGCCCGAGCCAAUCAUCGUUCCUCCACCAAGGCAACAGAGCGUGGUGUACGUCCUGAACAAGGACGAUGGAGGAGGAGGACAGCAAGUGAUCGAAGUGACAGCUCCUCCCCCGUCCAACCCUGAGGUUUACUUCGUCAACUAUGCUGAAGGAGACAACCCUCAACUGCCCAUUGGAGUUGAUCUCCGGACUGCUCUCCAAGCGGCUGCCAACGGCGGAGGACAAGUCAUCGGCGGAGGCGGAGGAGCAGGCGGAUUUGGCGGUGGUUCUGGCCUCUCCUUCAUCGACUCCUGCAGUGCCUCCUAG